AUGAGGUUUCUUGAGCCUUACGGCUUCAUCAACAGCUGUCUGCAGUCUUUGGUGGUGGAGCGGUUUGGACAGGAGACAUGGAACACACUCAGUUCUCUGGCAGGACUGCAGGAUCCCUUUAUGACCUACACUGUCUACGACGACGCUGUGACUCUUAAACUGGUGCAAGAGGCCUGUGCGUUGUUGGACGUGCAGCCGGACGAGCUGCUCAGACUCUUUGGAGAACACUUCUUUAGCUUCUGUAAACAGGCCGGCUACGAUACCAUGCUGAGGACACUAGGGGGCGAUCUCGUUGAGUUUAUACAGAAUCUGGAUGCCUUGCACUGCUACCUGGCUUUGUCCUACCAGGAGAUGAACGCUCCUUCGUUCCGUGUGGAGGUGACGGAAGAGGAGGACAUGUUACUUCACUACUACUCAGACCGGAAAGGACUCUACCACAUAGUUCCAGGCAUUAUCGGAGCAGUGGCUAAGGACUUCUUUGACAGCAGUGUGAGGAUGGUAGUACUGGAGCAGACUGAGGAGGAGCAGAGGACUGGAAAACAGGAACAUGUGGUAUUCCUGGUCCAAGUGGCAAAAUCUUCCAGAAAAAUCCAACACAAAUCAAGUUAGUCCAUAUACUGCCAACCCCAGCGCUCCUGUACUCCAUGUUACCCUGAGAGGUUAUGGAUAGAGGAGAAAUCGUUCUGCAAUGCGUUUCCUUUUCAUUUGGUGUUUGACGCAAAUCUCAAAGUACACCAGGUUGGAGUCAACAUCUAUAAGUUUUUUCCUGGUCUGCUUAGCGACAGUGCCACAGUGGACCAAUACUUCACUUUGGUUCAUCCUCAGGUGACCUUUACCAUUGAGAGCAUCAGACAGUUCAUCAACAGUCAGUUUGUGCUGGAGAGCUGUGGAGAGAGGAGCUCCAUCAAACUCAGAGGUCAGAUGCUGUGGAUGGACUCUCUGGGCUGCAUGUUGUACCUGUGUUCUCCUAAACUGCGGAGUCUCCAGGAGCUCCAGGAGUCAGGGCUGCACCUGGCCGACCUGGCCCAGCACGACGUCACCCGAGACCUAGUACUGCUCAACCAACAGAGGCUGGCCGAGAUGGAGCUCACCAAUCAGCUGGAACGCAAGAAGGAAGAGCUGAGGAUCCUGUCCCACUUCCUCGAGGUGGAGAAAGAGAAGACGGAGAUGCUGCUGUACGCCAUGCUGCCACGCCACAUCGCCAACCAGCUCAAAGACGGCAAGAGCGUGGAAGCUGGAGAGUUUGAAGUAUGCACCAUCUUGUUCAGUGAUGUGGUUACGUUCACAAACAUCUGCUCUGCCUGUGAGCCCAUCCAGAUCGUGCAUAUGCUCAAUUCUAUGUAUUCCAAAUUCGACCGGCUCACCAGCGUACACGAUGUCUACAAGGUGGAGACGAUUGGUGAUGCAUACAUGGUGGUGGGCGGAGUUCCGGUUCCCACGGUGACACAUGCUCAUAAUGUGGCCAAUUUCGCCCUAGGAAUGAGGAUCGCUGCCAGGGAUGUCACCAACCCUGUCACUGGGGACCCCAUCCAGAUCCGCGUGGGGGUGCACACAGGGCCUGUCCUGGCUGGGGUGGUGGGACAGAAGAUGCCCCGGUACUGUCUAUUUGGGGACACGGUCAACACAGCGUCCAGGAUGGAGAGCCAUGGAGUACCUGACCACAUCCACCUCAGUGCCUCCACCUACAGUGAGUUAAAGGACUCUGAGUUUGUCUUAGAAGAGCGUGGACAGGUUGAGGUAAAAGGCAAAGGGCUGAUGACCACCUACUUUCUGCUCAAGAACCUCAGACUGUCUGAAGACGCCAUUAUGGGACGAGAAGACUCACACUACCCAGUCUAUCCUGAGAACACGGACCAACAAACUGCCCAAGAUGACGGGAGAGUUCAGCCUGAGAGCACGUUGUGCAGUGACCAGCGUACCCCCGGUCCCCCUGAGGCCCCUGGGAGCCCGUUUGCGUUCGACAUUACGUGGCCCUAUCCCGGCAAAGAACAGCCUUCCUCUGCUAAAGGGCAGAGCAACACUUUCAGUCCAACCUGUCACAUACUUUAA